GCAAAGUUACCGCGAAGGGCUGGAACAAGGCACUAGGACCUAGGAGGCGUCUCAUCCACCCUGGCAGGAAUUUCUUGCUUGGAGCUCAGACAACAAAGGCAGAGUGAGCCUGGUUUUCUUUCUCUCAGCAUCUCCACCCUGCGCACUGAAAACCGCUUCAGAUCUUUAGGGUUCACCAAACUAUGGAACUUGAUUUUGGACACUUUGACGAAAGAGACAAGGCGUCCAGAAACAUGCGAGGCACACGGAUGAACGGCUUGCCCAGCCCCACUCACAGCGCUCACUGUAGCUUCUACAGAACCCGGACCUUACAGGCGCUGAGUAACGAGAAGAAAGCCAAGAAGGUGCGUUUCUAUCGCAACGGGGACCGCUACUUCAAGGGGAUUGUAUACGCCGUGUCCUCCGACCGCUUCCGAAGUUUUGAUGCCCUGCUGGCCGACCUGACCCGCUCCCUGUCCGACAACAUCAACCUUCCCCAGGGCGUGCGCUACAUCUACACCAUCGAUGGCUCGCGGAAGAUCGGCAGCAUGGACGAGCUGGAGGAAGGGGAGAGUUACGUCUGCUCGUCCGACAACUUCUUCAAGAAGGUGGAAUACACCAAGAACGUCAACCCCAACUGGUCGGUCAACGUGAAGACCUCUGCCAACCAGAAAGCCCCUCAGUCCCUGGCCAGCAGCAACAGUGCCCAGGCCAAGGAGAACAAGGAUUUCGUGCGCCCCAAGCUGGUGACCAUCAUCCGCAGCGGGGUGAAGCCCCGCAAGGCCGUGCGCGUGCUCCUCAACAAGAAGACCGCCCACUCCUUCGAGCAGGUCCUCACUGACAUCACUGAAGCCAUCAAACUGGAGACAGGGGUGGUCAAGAAGCUGUACACCUUGGAUGGGAAGCAGGUGACCUGUCUCCAUGAUUUCUUUGGGGAUGAUGAUGUGUUCAUCGCCUGUGGCCCAGAGAAAUUCCGCUAUGCACAGGAUGACUUUUCCCUGGAUGAAAGCGAGUGCCGGGUGAUGAAGGGGAGCCCAGCAGGGGCCACGGGCAGCAAAUCCUCCCCCACCCCUCAGAAGAGCUCGGCCAAGAGCCCCGCGCCCAUGCGCCGCAGCAAGUCCCCGGCCGAUUCAGGUAACCACCAAGAUGCAAACGGGACCUCCAGCAGUCAGCUGUCCACACCCAAAUCCAAGCAGUCGCCGAUCUCCACGCCCACCAGCCCAGGGAGCCUCCGUAAGCACAAGGACUUGUACCUGCCUCUGUCUUUGGAUGACUCGGAUUCCCUCGGAGAUUCCAUGUAGAGCGCCGCGGAGCGAAAACGCCCGCGCUGCAUUUGGGAUACAGCAAAGUACCUCUGCCAAAACAAGCAGACAGGUGACUGGUGCUUUCAAGUCAAAGGACACACGGUUAAAUGUCAUUUUUGUUCUGUGAUUUCUCCUCUCUGUGCCACAAACCCAACACCUGCCAGUCUAUAGAGAUAGAGGGAUACCAUUCUUCUGAGUUACAGGGAUGCAAAAUGGGCAUUUGUGAGAAAUUUGGGGCCGACGGUGCCAGCGAUUCCGUGCAUUCCCCAUUUUCUUCUAAGAUUUCUUCUUCUGCUGCGACCAUGUGGUUUUCCUGGCGUUAGUGAAGUAGCUGCCCUGGAGGUGUGCAAGUGAACCCCUUGCUGAGCAGUUUGCAAGCUGGAGCAGAGCAGAUGACGUUCUCCACCUGUGCAAACUGCCAGCCCGUGCCAGCUCACCUGCUCCUCACUCACAGCCACAAUUUUGGCACCUGCAUUCUAAAGAGUCUUAGUUUUAUUGUUUUAGGACAGGAAGGGAGUUUCUAGUUCGAUGCUUAGUAAGCCAGCAGAAGCUUGGAUGAGAUUAGGAAUGAUUGUGUCAGAUGCUAAGUAAGGUUAGUACAAUAAUUCAAAUUAUUCCAAUAUUGUUUGGGAUUUUUUUUUUUUUUUUAAUAAUUAAGCAAAAAAAAAAACCCCAUAAAUCAGCUGAGUUAUCUGGAGCAGAACACCUUCCACAUGCAAUCCAAGGAUGCUGCUAGCUGGUAACAAAUAUUUAUACCUCCCCUAUGGUAUCUCUCUAUCUCUGUUUGUAACAGUAAUGCCUUGUGAACAGCCAACACUGAAAACACUGUGAGAAUUUGUUUUCAGGUUUGACACCCUAUAGGUCACUUUUUAUAGCAAAAAAUCAAUACACUUUUUAUAAAGGAAAAUCUUGUAUCUGUGUUUCGGGAGUAAGGAUUCAAGCUCCUUCUUUUUUAUAGACGCUGGUAAUUUUCUUUUGUUUAAAAAACAUGUUCAGGAAAAAAAAAGUACAAAAAAAAAAAAAAACCAACCACAACUGCAGAACAAUAAUAACAGCAACUCAGUUUAGAAAUCUUGUCAUCACUGCCAAAACAGACACAUGUAGGGGGGGGAAAAAAAGGUCAAUUCAAAAUAUUGAAUGUUUUGAUAGUUUUUGUAAUGUUUAAGACUGCGUAUUUCAUUUUUUUACACUUCAGUAUUCCUAACUAUGGCCAGAUUCUCUACUUGUGUAACAAACAAAAUGUUCUAAAACCCGUAUUUUAAGAAAAUCUUCUAAGUGAGAAAAACAAACUCGCUGUAUUUAGAGAAAGCUUUUGCUUUUAUUAAUCAGUAAUGCCUCCUCCAGAAUGCAAAGUUCAUCUCCUCACGCAGGUCUGGUGGUUUUUACUGCGCUGAAGCUUUGUCCUAGCUGCCAUUGCCUCCCUCCCUCAUGGAAUAAGCUUUGAUGAAACUGAUUCUUGCAGAACUUUACCUAAAUGAAAUCUGUGCAAUCAAGUCUUUGUUGCUCUAUUUGCCUUUUUUGGUUUUUUUUUAUUUUUUUUCCCCCACAUAGACACCUACUCCCUGUUGCCUUGCAACCCCUUGUGAUUAGGAUGGAUUUUAUCCUUGUGAUGAUUGAUGCUCCGUGAACGCUGGGUUGUUCCCAGAGCCACUCCACGUUUUGUUUGCUUGCAUUGCUGGGAUGAAACAAUCUGUGCAGGCUGCAUCUUCCGAGGCUCGUGCGAUCACGCUUACAAUGCAACUUUUUAAAAGAGAUUUAGCAGAGAGAGGCCAGGAUUGGGAAUUGUCAAGGGGUCAGAGUUAUCAUGCACCAAAUUUGCACCCAGUAGUUUUAGUGCAUGAUCAUUUACACCCGGAGUUUUGCACAAGAAACCAUUUGUCCUCACUGAUAGCUUCAUUUGAUUGAGUAACCCUCUGACUGCACAACUGCUAAAUAGUCAUUUUAAAUACUGUAAAUAGAAUCCUGGGGUGAGUUCACAGGCUAAGGGCUCGUGUUGAGGGUUUGUGGGGGGAAGGAUGGUGCUGUGGACAAAGCUUGGGUGCAGUAGCCAGCACACCUCUCAGCCCUUGGCAUUGCUGAAUUUCGUGUCUGAAUGGGAGCAGGUCUCUGAGUAACCCUGUGCCUCAAUCUGUCUGUCUGUCCCUGCAGGGACAGCUCUGUUCUACCUCACUGGGGGUUGUGAGGCCAAAUGUUGGUUAACAUUUGUCAAGUGCUUUCAGAUCCUCUAACAGAAGGUGCUGGAAUAUUCUGGGUGCAGAUUUGGUUAUGGGUGCUAAGUUUUGGCUGUUUAACCCUGUGAGUGCUACUGUAGACACCGGUCAUGAACAAAAAAGGACUUUUUUAAGCAUAAGGAUGUCAAAGGCCUUGGUUAUGCUAAUAACAAUAUUAUUCAUCAGAGCUUUUGUCUUGGUGAAAGCUUUAGUGGGACAGAUAAUUUGACAUGCUUUUACCCUCUCCCCUGUUUCUGUUGGUGGAAAUCUCAGCGUCCCUCCCUGAGUCUCUGCCUUUCCAGGGACCCUGGGCAGUAGCCAUGGAUGGACUGGAGCUGCAGCUCAGGGUGCUGUCACAUGGGGACAGAGGCCACUCCUGUCACAGUCAGCGUGAGCCUGUCCUGCCACCUGUCCUCAGAUAAACCAGGAGACCAGCCAUGCAGUCCCAUCCAGGUUCUCCUGCUGCUCACUGCGGGACACUCACCACACAUCCACCAGGAAUCCCAAAUCCUUGCUAUCCUGGGCUGCUCUCUGCAGCCUGAGCUGCUGGUGGGAGGAAAAGGGAUCUGGGAGAUGCUUUCACCCAGUGUCUGUGAGUGCAGCUGGUGCAAGAGAAAGCAGGAUCCCAAGGGAGGAAUGAUCCUUUGUUUGGAUGGCUCUCGAGAAGGGGUUCUUUUCCUUCCUGCCAAAAGUUCUGCUUGGUUAUUUGGAGAUGUUUUUCCUGGUGGAGCAUGACUAAGGAAUCCCUGAGCUCUUCCUCCUGAGCUGCACCUGGUGACACCUCUAAAACCUGAUCCUGCCAGCUCUCCCUUGAGAGUGCAGCUUUGUUUGCAUGAGGAUCAUCCUGUGGUGGGGCUGAGCCCAGCAAUUCCUUCAGGGAACUAGGGGGACCUUGAAAAGGCCUAAAAGAAUUUUUAAAAAAUUGUUCCAUGGGAAAAAUAGCCAUUCAAACCAGCAGAAGCCACAAAGAAAACAGGGUAUGAGGUCAAACUCCCAAGUUUAAGAAGCAAUUUUCUAGGUAGAAAUGCCUGGGCAGUAGAAGUCAGUGAGCAUUUCAGCUGUAGCAUAGAGUGAAGUCUGUAUUAAUGCCAAUAUUGCAUGAGUUCUUGUACAGAAAUGCAUGUGGAAUGUUACAUACAUUCAGAACUAGUUAUCUUUGGCUUUGUAGGAUCCCUCAUCUAGAUUUGAAUACAAAGAAAAACAGUGCACAGGCAUCAGACCUGAAUUAUUUAAACAGAAGGACAGCCCUGAUUCAGGAAAGAACUUAAACGUUUAAAUUUUAGCACAUGCUUUAUUCCUGUUGACUUUUCACGAGAUUAAGCUUGGGUUUGGUCAGAAAGCUUUCCUGAACUGCUGUGAAUUAGUAAUUACUUCCAAUAUAUUAUAGCAAUUCCUGACCCUGUGAGAUCCUGGAGCAGAUGAUAGUAAUUCCAUUGUAUACUCCAGAGUUCACCUUUCAUUUUAUUAUUUUUUUUUUUUUUAAUAUUUACAAGCACAUAAAGCUCCACAUGAUAUGAGGAUUUGCCACAUUAAUUCUCCUAUAAAAACCCUGUCUAAUUUGCCUCAUGAGGCUGCCUUUAGUGCUUUCAGAGACUAAUUGAAUCACUGAGACUAUAUUGUUUUAAAACAAUACAGUAUUUAAAACCAAACUGGAGAAACUCUUAAAGUAGCAGGGCUUGUUUCUUUGAAAUCUGCCUUUAUUUAGUAUAAUUUAGCAAAUUGCCAUAUAAAGAUCCCUAUUUCUGACACAGUCAUUAGGAAGGAAUAGCAGAGACUGGGGGGUUUAACAUUCUUAGGCUCAGGUGUUGGUCUUGACUGUAAAAAUCAGAGCAAUGCAGCAAAACCUUCAGCCUUGGGAUUUUCAUCACUUGUAAAGCAUUUAUAAUCCUGAAGUUUCUGGUUCAAAGCCUCAUCUGGUAUAAGAUUUGGAGCUAGUUCAGUUCCACCAGCUAAAUAUCUUGAAGUGAUUUGGAAAGAGUUUGAUAAUGGGAUUUUGCUUUGUGGUGGGAGCUGGAAGCAGCUUUUCCCUACCACUGUCUGUGAUUCCUAUAUCUGCAGAUUAUUUAUGGUCUUCCCAGGUGCUAGAAACAUUAAUUGUGUUAUUUCCAUAGACAAAAGAAGAAUCCUGCUUAGAAAACGAGUUCCACAUCUCUCUCAUCCUCAGCUAGCACAUGUGUAGGCACACAAAAACCCACACACCUGGCCCAGCUGCUAUUUCUCUUUCAUUUGCUUGUUCAGUACUUUUGAAGGGGAAAAAAAAGGAGGUAGGACCAAAAGUUGUGCCAAACAGCAAAGCAGUGUUACACCCAGGCAUUUCCAGUGGGAAACAAGGGCAUUCAAGCGUUCAUUUCUCCUUAUCCAUAUGGAUAACAUUUUCUAGGAUGCCGUGUCUUUGCUUUAUCACGCCUUUGAGGUCAGCGCUGCUCUUCCUGCUGCUUCCCAGCAAAACCCUGUGGGAGUGCUCUGGGAUUCCAGGCUGAGUCCCUACCCAGACACUGUUCCAGGGACAACCAUCCCUGGAAGUGGCAUCUUCUCUGCAGGGGCCCAGCGUGGAUUUUCCAGUCUGAGCCUUCCCCAGUGUGCUGGGAGCGAUUUUGUCGCUCACCUCGGUGGUGCCCCACAGCCACGCAAAGCAACCGAGAGUUCUCUUUCACUGUGCUACAGGCAGAACCAUUAUUAGAGAAGGGGAUAAAAAAUAGACAAGUAAAGUAGAUGAAAAAUUAGGCUAGAAGGUGUCUCCUCAAGCUAAGACAAUCCAUAACCAGAGAAAAGCUCUGUGGAGGUGUGUUUGCCACACGCCAGGUGCUGAUCACGACCACGAUGGAACAAAACAGCUGCUUUUCCUCGUGGAGACUUAGGCUCCAGGUUAUUCUUCUGGUUGCUGGUGGAAGCAGGCUGGGACAGUGUUUGGGACUGGGGAGGUUUUUUGUAGAAGCAAAUGGAUGGCACGAGAUGAGGAUCUUUUUUGGGUGUAUCUGAAGAGUCAGGUCAGUCUGUGCAACAGGACGAGUGCUUUCCACAAGACACCUGGAAGAGAUCCAGCUGAAACCCCACCUUGGUGUGAUGAGAGCAGGAAGGUGAAGACUUUAAGUGCCUUCUAACAUCCCUUGGGCUUCAGAAGCAGGACUGUGCGUGUGCCCAGCAAGGCCUUGAUCAAAAGGAGACAGGGCACACUUUGUCUUGAGGCGUUUAGCCCAUCUCUUGAAAACUGCUGUCUCCAGGACCACGGAUUUCUUCUGGCUGAUGCCUCUGUCCCAUCUGCAUGAAUCUGAGCCUCUCUGCAGUAUCUCAGGAAAUGUUGAAGCUGAGUCUUGUGUCUCACAGCUGCUCCUCGCUGUGGAUCAACAGGGCUGGGUUCUGCUGCAGUGGUUGUUGAUUCUGCUGGUCAGAUGUUCUUCAUCCUCCUCCUCUGCUCCUGCUCGAGAGCUGCUUUCCCUUGGUGCCUGCAGGUGAGAGGCUGGGAGCAGCAAUGUACAGACCCCUCCUUGUUUUGUUUUGUUUCCUCUGGAACAGUUCAAGUCAGUGAUGGUUGAGAGUCUGAGGCCAAGCUGACAAACCACGUUUUGAUAGGGAGAGGGGAGAUUUCCAGGGAAUGUAAGUAGGUGGGUGGAAAGGCUUUUCCAGCGAUGCCAUUGCACAGCUGCUCUGACAGGAUCCCAGCUGCAGGGCAUGGUAUGAGUACUACACCUGCAGGUGAAAAUGUGGAGUUUUGGGGUCACAGGCCACUGUCCAUCCCUCAGGACGCUGCUUAGAGAAGGUUAAACACAUCAACACCUAUUUUUGGCCAACAGAUGAGCUUCUGAGCAAAUGGGAAUCGAACCCAGUGGAUUCAGCAGUGGUGUUUCAGAGCCAUUGGGGUUUCAGAGCUGUUGGGGGGUGGCACAACUCUGGACAGAUCACUUCUCCUUGUGCCAUGGUGUCCCAGUGCACAGAGGGCUGGUCCCAACACUUCCCCCCACCUGUAGGGUGCUUUGAGAUAAGCAGAUACAGAGAGCUUGAUUUUAAAAUAUAUUCCUUGCUCAGCAAAGUCUGAACACCUUAUAGAAGCACGUUGUUAUCUCUGGCAAGUCUCUCACAGAACUCUGGCUCUCUCAAAACUCUGCUGUAAAAACGCUUCAGUAUUUGUCAUGGUGAAAGACAGACACUUGAUUUUUAGUUCUCCAUUGAAACAAUGGGGAACCAGCACCUUCCCUGGGAGGAAGGAGAUACCCUCAUCCAGCAGCCCAUUUCUCUGGUGCCUGAACACGGCCCCCACUGCCCCUCUUUUUGUUAAAUGUACCUGCACAUAUCAGGGGCGAUUCGUGCUAGUAGUCAAAAUACGAGCCUUGUGUUUACAAACAAUGAAUAAGUCUAAUUAUUUCAGGGGCUUUCUACCAAGUCAACAGUGGGCCAGGUGUUGGAAACCUUGUUUAGAAAGUGUUUGUGGCCAGAUGGCUGCAUGGGAGAGAGCUGCAUUGCAGUGUCCUUGCUUAGUGCACUUGAACUCACCUCUUGUCACUCUUGCUCUUUAUCUCCAUGAGCUCAGGGCUCUCGAGCCAGUUUGGAGGUUCCCUAGGUCUGGCAGUUUAUCCCUCAAACCGAAGAAAAAAAGGAGGAUGCCCAAAUGGAAUUAACAAAUCUUGGCAGUCAUUAAUCUGUCAGCUGAUAAAAAGGAAGUUGGCAUCAUCAGGGAAAGAUGCCAUGAUGGAAGACACAGGAAAUGAAGGGAAAAGCCUGUUCCUUAGAGGAAUGGUGGGGGAUGUUUGGUGGGAGGUAGGUCAUGAAAGGAGCUGGAGCUUGAGGGAUCCAACGGCAGGGAGAGCACGAGGCACAGCACUGGACAUGUCAGUGCCACUGAUGGUGGGAAUCACGAAAGACAAAAGCCAAGAAAUUCUGGGCAUGAACAAGGAAGGAGGUUGGGGCUCACGGAGGAUCUGUGUUUGGUUUGGACAGAAGAGGAGCAGCAGCAGCUCCUGGCUGUUUGCUGGGAGUCACUGUCAGGUCCCUAGGCCAGGGGUAGUGUCUGAGCAGAGUCUGUCCCUCUCCCCCUGGCAGAAAUAAGGCCAAACCUGGCUGCAGGCAGAACUUGGUGUGAAGCUUCUCCCCUGCUGCUGUUGAAGUCCACUGCCAGCAUGUCCCACCCCUCAAAGGGAGAGGGAGGAUGCAGCCCUGUGCUGAAGGACAGCACCAAGCCGUGGGUUGGGUUUAUUCCCACUCCUGCCCGCGUCAGAUCAGAAAUAGCAAUCACUGAUCGGCACGCCCUGGCCUGGGCAGGACAGAACUGGCACUCUGGGAAUGUAGGAGAAUAAUGAGGGCACCUCAGAGCCUCCCAUCCCUUCCCACAGAGCUCAGCAAACUCUGGGAAAAGUGCCAGCCACGGUGAAAAGCCAGGACAGACUCCUCGGGGAGGUUUCCUGGGUUUGCUGUGUGGGCACAGAGGUGAUGCUGAUCCUGCCCAGGAAAUGCUCAGCCCCUGUGUGAGAGCUGCUGCAGCCACCACAGCAAUGGGAAGUCCGUGCUGAAUGAGGGCACCUGUGUUUAACACUGGUUUUCUCAUGAGAUCUUUUUCCUAAAUCCAGUUGAGUUAUAGUGCUUGUGAAUUUAAUCCUAAACCACAGAAUAACUGACUUAUCCAAGCACUUUUUUGCUGUAUAGUCUCGAUUAUUUUUAUUGUUGUUGCAUAAAGAUUGUGUUUCUUCUAUUUCCAUAAAUUCUCAGACACUCAAUAUAAAUCAAAUGAAACCCAAUACACUUAAUUUUCUGCUGCUUUAACCAGGCAGAAGCUCCUCUGUAAUUAAUUUAUGAAUCUACUUGGUCCAAGGUUGGUCUCCUGUUUCAAACACUGAUUACUGUUGAUAGUUUUUGUGUGAUUGAUUACUUGAGUGCAGAUUCAGUUUCCUGGGUGACAGCUGCAGCCUUUGCAGAGAAAACCUCACUGACCCCGGUUAUAAAGUGAUCUCAUGUAUGGACCUCGAAUAGCAAGUUAUAGAUGGGAGAUAUUUUGUAUAGUUUAAUUAUAGUUAAUGAUAAAGCUGAAAUAGUUUGUUGAAAUACCUUAAAAGUUUUAGAAUUGAAAAUUAAACAAGGAACCUCAGCAAAUCAGGGCCUCCUCCAUAUUUUUUGCUUUUGAAGAGUGUUGGCUUUAUCUCACUUUACUCUCACUCAGUCUUCCAAUAGACGUGCCCUGAACCCAGCAGGUUUAUGGAACUAGAAGUAGUAUUUCUGUUUCUGCCAGGAUUUUUCUACUCUAGCCCCAGCUAGUACCAGGCAGAAUAGAGAUUCAUGGUUGGCUUGGUUUUUAGAGAAACGCAUCGCCUGAAAUAAAAAGGAAGGUUCGGUUCAUUUUAGGUGACUCAUCUAAACUCAAGGCUGCUUUUGAAUUUUAUCCGAGCUGGUUCUUUCAUCUCUCUUUGCAAGAGUUUAUAUAUAGGAGAUGGAGCUGAAAUGGAGUUACAUUUGCACAGUUGCAGAGCCCUGGGACUCACGUGGCACGUGCAGUCAGGAUGGAACACGGUGGUGGCACCUGGUCAGGGAGAGCCAGAACCAAACCCUGCCCGGAAUCCCCGAGUUCUGGGAAACCCACGCACAGGGUCCGACUUGGGAAAUACCAAAUGGAUCCCAACCCUGGGUCCAGGCCCAGUUCUCAACAUGACAAACUUCAUUUUCACAGAAUCCCUGAGAAACAUUUUGCGGGGUUUAUUUUUGUUGUUUGGGUUUUGGGGUUAUGUUGGGGGAGUAUUUUGGUUUUAUUUUAAUUACAGCAUGGCUGCUUUUAUCCACCUGCUUCCAAACACUGCAGAGCAGGUAUGGGUGGACUUGUAAUUCACUUUCCUUAGCAGGUGGCAGGUGAAAUCCUGUGAUAUUCUGUUUCUCUCUCAUGCUGUCCAUACAGUCAUGGGUGGGUUGCAGAACACACAGCAUUUUUUCCUUUCUCUCCCCCUCUUUGAGACAGAGGAGCUUUUUCCAGAUUUAGUGUGAUGUCUAAUGAUGCAUCUGCCUAAAAAGAAGAAUGUCUAGGGAAUUAAUUGCACUGUUAAUUGGCGUUUUUAGUUAUGGUGAAACAGGAGUAUUGAAUGUAAGAACAAGGAAGCCUGUGAGUUGUAAUUACAUGCUGAAUACUGACACGCGAAAUUGUUGUUAGUUUGCUUCUUAUUUAAAUGAUGGGUGAUCCAAGCAGCUUUAGCACCGUGGCAGUCCUAGUACAGCUGUGAUUAGCCAUUAGAAAACACCCAGGGUCUUUUGGAAAGAGGAAACCUGUCUAGCCAAAUCUCUUCCAUUCUCUGAAAUGACACAUUCCCCUGCGUAAUUCUCCGGAUUUUGUGACACUGCCUAGUCUGGAAGCACAGGAAAGGAGGAUCAGCCUGCUGGCUUUGCUGUCACUAGCCUUUGUCUGCUUUCUCAGCUACAAAUCCCGUCCCAGGCUGAGGCGAGCAGCUCCCAUCCCCUCAGCCCGAGCUCCUCACGCUGCUCGUGUGCGCAGAGCAGGAGCUGCCUUUGCUCAGGACCCUGCGGCUCCCAGAGCUGCAGAGCCACCACGCAGUGGUGCUGAGGGAGGGAGAUGUGCAGCUGACCUGCACCCUGAGCGUGGGUUACUGUCUUAGGUCAUUCCUUGAGUUGGUGUGAUUUCCUCAUUAACGACAAAGCUGCAAUAUAAUAUAAUAUAACUGAGAGGCCACGAUGUAUUUUCUCUUGUCGCUCAGAGGGCGGGGGUUGGAGGGGCAGCUGGGUUUAAAGUUUAGCUGGUAUACUUUAAACUCUGUGUACAUAACCUUGGAGGACACGGGGGUGGGAAGGGGUCCGUGGUUAUUUUGGUGGGAUUGGUAAACUUCAGGAUGUUUUUGUUUAAAGAGUAAGGUAUUUAAUUAAUGACACUGUACAAAGAGCUGUUAAUUUAAAUGGUGCUUUCGUUCUCCUACCCCAGACCUGUCUAACCUUUCUUUUUGGCAAGCCUGCAGCAAUGCUGAUCAUGUUGACUUUUGUACCUUGGGAGAGUGUGUGGAAGGGGAGGGGAAAUGCUUUUCUCUUCAGACAAAUAACGUUGCCCAUAGUUAACUUCCUGCUUGGACGCAUACCUUGAAUUCCCUUUAUGCCGAAUUUUUUAUGCGAAGGUCUCCUCAAAGGGACAGAACAAGCAGAGGUUAUUCCAAAAGAUCUCAACUGUAUCAUCUUGUAAUAUAUUGCAGCUUUAUGCCAAUGAUUCCUUGCUUACCUGUACACAGUCCAUGCAUGUUUUGAACUAAUUUUGCAUUCUCCACUUGUGGUGAGUUAUUUAGCAUUUUAACCACCUUUUGUGCCAUUCAACUUGUACAGAAAACAUUUUUAUCGACGUUUUAAGGGGAGGGGGAAGAAGAUAAAAAGACCCCUUCUGCUCUCUAGUUGUAGGUAGAACUCAGUUACUUAGCAAACAGAUGUAGACGAGUGGUUGUAGUGUUAGAAAUGUUGGCUUGCUCGUGAACAAGCUCUUGAGAGUAAAUGCAUGGUCCUGUACCUCUCUUUUCUUAAUUAGCUCUUCCUUUCCUCCUGGAAAGAUUCUCUCUCUCUCCCUCUCUCUUACUCUGUCUUUGUCUCUCUCUCUCUCUCUCUCUCUCUCUCUCUCUCUCUCUCUCGUGGUUGUAAAGUACAGAUUUGGGCAUAAAUAAAAUGACAAAACGACCAGGUUUGAAAAGCAGUUCUCAACAGGUUCUCUCGGGGAACGUAUUUCUCGCAGUGCCUUGCCUUGGCACGUUGAUCAGAUCCAACUUCCAGGAUACAGCAGGCGGAGAUCAGUGCCCCGCUGCCUCUGCUGGAGCUGGGGAGCGAGUCCAGCCUUUGGAAGUUUGGCUCUGGCGGAGGGUGAGGUGCUGCUGGGCCACUGCAGCUGAGGCACGAGCGGCGUUGGCCGCGCCUCGGCUCCUGGCGGUGGUGGUUGUCCCUGGGACUCGUCCCACGGCCCCUGAUUUGCGGAGUUUGCACACACUUUUGAUUUUCUUGCAUACACAGCGAGGGGGUGGGGUGGGAUAUGGCAAUUGUGUUGUUGGGGGGGGGUCUGUGGACAACUCCUGCUCCACACUCCCGAGCUCUGAGUUGAGUACAAGGGGCUUCUCGUUUAUUAGCUGUGGUUCUGUUGGCAAAGUCUUGGAAAAGAUGGGGUCACUCACAAAGAUGCAUUUUGUAAGAGAUGGACUUAAGGAAACCCCAAAAAGCCGUGCCACAAAAUCACAAAGCGUACCUAGAUCCACACCUCUACUCCCUAUGGCUCUUCUCCCUUAACAGAAUUUCCUUUUGUCAGAAGAUUUGACUAGGAAAAAAAUUUCCAUUUUUGUGAGGUGUUGUGAACUGUUUUUACUCCUUGUAAUAACCAUCCCGGGUCUGAGUAUUCUUGUAAUGCAAUGCCAUGCAGCAGAGAACCUGUCCACUUUAUAGCUUUGCUCUCAAUAUUUGUUACUCAUUGUUUUCUCAUCUAAAUGUACAUUUGCAAGAUGUGUGUAAUGUCAUUUUCAAAAAAUAAAAUUUGGUUUCAAUAUUUAGGCCGAGAAAAA